CGAGGAUGGGGAAAAGCUUCUAGUGGUUGGACCCUACCUGCUUCCGCCCAGAGCGGGGACGUCACUAUUACGCUCGGCUUAGGUAUACGACUCUGCUACUUACGAACUCAAGUUUCGGUCACUACUAGCGGUGCCUGUAAAAGGCAUAAUAAACGAUGAUGACAGGAUGAAGAAAAAGAUAUAAAAAAACAAACAGUAAGGAUUGUUCCAACUGAGCACAUAAGAUAUACAGCAUGUCCAAUUAACUCGCUCGAUUAUGACCCCGCGGACUAGGUCUAGGUCCCUCCCCCGCGGCCAAACUGAC